ACACACUUUGCAUUCCUUCGAAGCAUUUUGCAAUACAGAAGCGGGGCUCCACUCCUGCAAAAUGGCUUCAGUCGUUGCUUCCGCCGCUCUGGUGACCCCGGUCACAGCUCUUGCUGCGUCCAGCACCACCAAGAGCUCCGAGAUCGUCUCAGUCAAGGCCGGCCUCAAGGCCACCACCUUCGGCGGAAAGAGCGAAUGGCAAACCAAGACCCAGACCAACGGUAGCCGUGUGUCUUGCAUGCAGGUGUGGGAGCCAUACAACAACCUCAGGUUCGAGACCCUCUCUUACUUGCCCCCCCUGAGCCAGGACGCUCUUGCCAAGCAGAUCGACUACGUCAUCAAGUCUGGCUGGGCUCCCUGCAUUGAGUUCGACACCCAAGGUGCCGUGACCCGUGAGGGAAGCAGAAUGCCCGGAUACUACGAUGGUCGCUACUGGACCAUGUGGAAGUUGCCCAUGUUCGGAUGCACUGACUCCGCUGCAGUGUUGAGGGAGAUUGAGGAAUGCAAGAAGUUGUACGGACACAAGUGCUUCAUCAGGUGUUUGGGAUUCGACAACACCAGGCAGGUGCAAUGCGCCAUGUUCAUCGUCCACCAGCCUACUCUGUAAGUGGCUAUAUGUAACGUACUUCGGUCGUAUAUAUAGAGUUAGCGACAGGUCACAUGUCCGUAACUUGACCUUAAUCUGGGAAGAGGUAUAGAUGGAGGACUUGAAUCUGCUCUAGUAGUUUUGGAAAACUCUGCGAAUUAGCUGCGCACCGCGGUUGGUUUUACAAAUUUGAAGACAAUGACGUGAACAUCUUCGUCCCAUCAAGCUUGCUCGAUGUUAUGACUGAUGUAUCCGGGCAGCUGCAUUUAGCUGAUGUAUUAAUACACGAUUCCAUAAUACAAACAUCUUGAUUCCAAAAAUCAA